AGUGAAGCCCCUGGGCGAAGAACGGCUAGUGCUCUAAAAGAAACCAAAAUCAAAACGUCCGCAUUUCCUUUCCUUUUCUCAAAGUCAGAAGUGAGUCACGCAGCUCUCUCCAAUCAGAUUUUCAGCUGCUCUUGUAGAUCUGUGGCGGGAUUCGCUGCUUCAAAAAGAAAAAGAGACUCUCCAGUUCCCUCCUUUCCCAACAUUGCAGAUUGAAAUUGAUUUUCCUGAGAAAUGCCCUCGGAGGAUUCGAAGCCAGUGAAGAAAGAGGUGGAAUCCAACAACAAGAGUUCCGUUUCCAAAAAGGUGACAAACUCCAACUCUAAGGUGGCAAAAGUUAAGAAAGAGGAGCCCCAAUCCGUCAAGAAGGAACCUAAACAUAAUGACACCGACGACGACGACAUUCCCCUCGCCAAAAGGACCUCCAACUCCAAGGAAGUGAAGAGAAGGAAGAAGAUAAAGGAGGAAGAAAAGAAGGAGGGAGAGAAAACGAAGAGAGAAAAGAAGGUGUAUGAUUUACCAGGCCAGAAACGAGAUCCACCUGAGGAGAAAGACCCACUCAGGAUCUUCUACGAGAGUUUGCACAACCAAGUUCCCAGUAGCGAAAUGUCACAAAUCUGGUUGAUGGAAUCGGGCUUGCUUCCUAAAGAUGUGGCAAUGAAAGUAUAUGAAAAGAAGCAAAAGAAAGGUCUGCAAAAGCUCUCUUCCCCAGUUAAGUUUGUAGCUGCUGUGAAGAGCAGCAACACUAAGUCUGUCACAGUGAAGAAAAAAAGCCAUACCUCCCCUGUCCCUUGUGUUAAAAGGAAGACAAUGAAUUUCACAUCAAAGCAGUCCAAGAAGCGAAAAUCAAAGGAUCAAAGUUCUGGGGAUGAGGAUGAUAAUAACUCUGAUGCUGAAGUUAUUUCAUUGGUAACAACGAGGAGAAAAAUGGCUUAAUUAUUGCCCUACUGUGUGACAGAUUUAUUUUCUUUUUUCCCUAUUUCUUUUACCAUUUAAUACUAGUGAAAUAACUUGUACGGCAUGGCACAAAGUUAUAUAACUUUUAAGGUUAUGUUAGGAAGUGUGUUGGAGGAGCUCAAAAGUACUUUUA